UGAUGAGCUGUUGAUUGUUGCGGACGUGUGUCAGUGAGCCUCCUACGCGCUUCCAUCGCGACUACACUGGGGGAGGGGAUAUAAGACUCUAGCUAGGUGUUACUUGUGUUCACCGUUUUUUGUGAUUUUACCAUCCAGCCGUUCUUUUGAAUCCCGACCCUCUUCAGGUAGCAAGACUUCAACAGGUGCAAUGUGGCUAACCCUGUGCUCCCUGGUGCUCGCCCUCGCCCUCCCCCACAUCCACGCCAUGCACAUGAUCGAUCCCCAGUCUACCCUCGACUGCCACCGCCGACUGUACAGCUACACAGUUACCCAGAGGGACUCACAGGGCCGCACCUGUCGGGAUACCAUCAACGUCAUGAGCUGUUGGGGCCGCUGCGACUCCAACGAGAUCUCCGACUGGCGGUUCCCCUACAAGAGGUCCUACCACCCCGUGUGUCUACACGACUCUCGAGAGCUGACUACUACCAUCCUCCGCAACUGUGACCCGGACGUGGAGCCCGGCACUGAGCGCUACCAGUUCCUGCAGGCUCUGUCCUGCCGCUGUCUGGUCUGCAAGAGUAGCGAGGCUAGCUGCGAGGGCCUCAGGAACUGGAAGCUGGUGUCUGACCAGGCAUGAGUACAGACAGCAUAGAACAGAACACAGCAUAGCACAGCACACAGCAUGGUAGCGAGCAUGAAGCAUAUCACAGCAUGACACCACAUAUACGUACCCUUCAGAAGUCCGACACGUUUUGUAGACAAGCACUAUAAAUAAAGUAUCCAUCACCACCACCACCACUGUAACACUUCCUAUCACACUCGUAGUCAGUAGUCAGUAGACAGUAGAUUAGUCAGUAGAUCCCUAGUCAGUUAUUUUGGCAACUGUAGAUUUCGUGUACCUCAGUAGAUGCACACCUCAGUAAAUUUCUCGAUGCCGGACAAUGAAAGUAGAUCAAACAAUAGACAGUAGUUGAAUUGUUACAUCCUCCUUCAGUUUGUGUUUUGCUGUAGAAAUCACCACUGCUUUGCCAUAUAGUAGUCAGUAGUAACACUACAAUACACCACUAAAACUACAAUGAGAACACGUCGAAUGCACCUAGAUGUGGCAUGAAAGAACAACCCAAAGCACUCAGAUACUCCAGAGCAGCUGUGCGUUGCUGUGUGUUUAUGAGUGAAAGGUGUAUAUUUAAAAAUAUCUGCGUUCCGAGAUAGUGCAGUAAAAUCUUACACAACUAAAAUUGCAAAUAAUUCUUUAACUAGUGAUUUCUAAAACCGCUUCUCUUUGCUUUCACCUUAUUUUAAUUUGUGAUGAAACUAAAAUUAAUGUACAGUUAUCAUAAUUGGGACCUUGCAGAAAAUUGCUAUGAAGAAUGGGCCUGCUGUUUUUACAUUUAAAAUCACGUUUAUGUUUUAUGGGAAAAAUCAGAUUCUGCUUAUGAAACAAACAAUAUUAGCAUUUCGUAUACACAAUACCUUAAAAUGCUUCAUUAAUUAAAAAGUCAUUAUACAUUUUUGAACAUAUAUCAGUUACCUGACGUUACACUUUAUUAGAAUUGGUAGUUGGUCAAAGUAUAAACUCUGGUCUAUCAAGUAUCUAGGAAAAAGCAUACAGGAAUUAUUAGUGUAAGUUAACAUUUCUUAUUAGUUAAAAACAUUGAAAACACUGUACAACUAAACGCAAAUAAUGGUAAAUGUUAUAAUUUUCAGCAUCCCUAUUCAGAUGAACGCAUUUGAAUAAAAAUGUGCAAUCGUAGUAUUUCCCAUAAACUUUACUUACUUAGCGAAACAUUUACUUCGUGUUCAAUUUGUGACGUUUCAAACCCUUGUUUUUAACUGUGCGCGAUAACAGAUAGUAAAAACAAAAAAACAAUUCAUUUACAAAAUAAAUAUACCUUUCAUACAGCACAGAUGAUUGUAUUUAAUGGAUACACUGCGUGCAACAUUAUAUUUAUAUAGCACAUUAUUAUUUUUUUACAUUUAUUACUUUUUUAU